CUACGCAACUUCGAGAACGAUCAAUACUUUGGCUUCGUGGCCGUUGGAACUCCUCCGCAGACUUUCCGAGUGCUCUUCGAUACAGGUUCGAGUGAUGCCUGGCUACCGGAUCAGUCUUGUUCAACCUGCGGAAGUCACACUCGAUUUAAAAGACACCGAUCGAGAUCGUUUCGAGCCACGACUGACACGUUCUGGGGGAUCUACGGCAGUGGAGACUCAUACGGACUCGUCGGGGCAGACGUUUUCACCAUCGGAAAUUACUCGGUUCCAGACCUGGCCUUUGCUGUGAUCACCGAGGAAACGGGCGGUAUUUCGGCACUCGCCAACGAUGGGGUGAUUGGGCUCGCGUUCGCGGGCAUGAGCAAGAUCUCUCGCCCGACCAUCCUGGACACCAUCAAGAGCUCCAAUCCUGAGUUGAACCUUCAAUUUGCCUUCUACAUAGCGGGUGCCGCUCAAAAGGACGACUCCGAAUUCCACUUCGGAGGAUAUGAUCUCUCCGUCGCCGGGGAAAGAGCUGCACUGGCGAAGUUCCCGGUCCUGACCCUGCCGAGCGAUGUCGAUCCUCAACUAACCUACUGGACACUUGCCGUGAACGACUUCCACCUCGUCCACACCGCUGGCAUACGCAAGAGCUCGAACCUGUGCGAUCCAUUUUGCUACGCCAUCAUCGAUUCAGGCACCUCGUUCAUCUACGUGCCGCCGCAGCUGUACGACUCCGUGAUCACCGAGGUGGUUGCUGGUAAGGCUUGUGAUCUCGAGCAACUCACAUGCGCGAACACAGGGUACGAGUCUUUCCCGACACUCUCGUUCUCGUUCGGAUCGAUACACGACGGCAACUUCUUCCACCUGGGGCCUCGGAGCUACCUCAAUUGCUACCAAGACACCUGCGAUAUCGAACUGCUGAAUCAUGCCGACGACUGGUGGGUCCUUGGCGGCCGCUUCCUUCGGGAAUACUACACAGUGUUCGACUUUGACAGCAUGCAAGUGGGAAUUGCCUGCAGUGGG